UCAAUAUAUCUACCUCAAUAUAUUGUACAUUAUACCUCAAUAUAUUCUACAUUAUACCUCAAUAUAUUUUACAUCAUACCUCAAUAUAUCUACUUCAAUAUAUUCUACAAUAUAUUUAAAUAUAUUCUACAUUAUACCUCAAUAUAUUCUACAUUAUACCUCAAUAUAUUGUACAAUAUACUUCAAUAUAUUCUACAUUAUACCUCAAUAUAUUCUACAUUAUACCUCAAUAUAUGUACUUUAAUAUAUUCUACAUUAUACCUCAAUAUAUGUACUUUAAUAUAUUCUACAUUAUACCUCAAUGUAUUUUGUUAG